UUGCUUUGUCUUUUAGAUGCAGAAAAGCCGGAUACGGCCGUGGGUUCUGAAAAAGAACCAGAGAUUCAUAGUGCUGAAACUUACGAAGCCAGUUCAGUAUGUAUCGAUAUUUUGAACUCAAGUUCGCGCACAAACGAGAGUCUAAAUUCCUCUGACCGCUAUGUGCCUCAGGAGGGCACACCAAUUCCAUCUCGGCUCUGCUCUCAAAUUGAUUCAAAUGGCUCUUCCAGCACUUCUGAUUCACAUACUGAAAGGCCUAGUCUGGAGGCCUUCAGACAAGGCAUUCAGCCUUAUCGCCCUUUUGAAAAUUUGGCUUCCUCUGUAGGUGCCUAUAAACGAGUCCUCAAAACUCUUCAUCAGGCCAAAACAACGCUUAAGUCUAAACGAAAAGCUGUGCCAAAAAAGUCUGAUGGAGAAUAUUUUAAGAAAAAAUCAUCUGAAGUGUUGCAAUUGUCUGUGGAUUAUCCUAAAACUACAUCUGCUGCUGAAAAAGAAGAAGGCGAAGUGGAAGCAGAUGAUAGCGAUUAUGAACUUUGCGAUAUGGUUAUGGAAAGUGAAGACGAAGGGGAUUCGAGAAAUAAUGCCGAUAAUUCGCAGCCUUAUUCUGAACAUCUUUGCGAUACUUCUCCAACUCAGCCUUAUUUGAACACUCAGAAGCGUGAUUCACAUUUUGGUUCUCCAAUAUCGUAUCAGAGGGCUAUUGACGCUCAACGUUUACACUGGUCUCAGCAGUCAGCCUACUACCAUUUACCUAAUCAGAAGGGCCACUAUCAAACAGCUUCUAAGUGGCCCCGUUAUCAUUAA